AUGGUACGCAGUAGUAGCUCGGACUCACGGAGCGAUGAAGACGACGACGAUGACAGGUCGGAGUGGUCCUCCAACGGAUUCGAUGGGGACAGCAGCAUUGCUUCCGAGGCGUCCUCUCAGGUCGAGGUGGAUGCAGGGCUUCCCAUGUCUCCUGGGCAGGCGGCCGCCGUCAUUCAAGGGAUGUACCGGCGAAAAAAGGCGAGGGAAUAUUUUGUGGAGCGCGUCCGGCAGGCGUAUGAGAAAGUCUUCGAUGAAGAAAAUGACGGCUACUUCUACUACAACAGACUCACCGGUACAAGCCAGUGGACCCCUCCCAGGGUUCUCCUGGGGCGCCCCCAUGACCCUAAGGAAGAAUGGGCUGUAAAAAAAGUGCAAGGUCUGUUUCGGAAAAGACAUGCGUGGAAGAAGCUCAUGUUGGUCUUGAACAGCGUGUACGAGAAGGAGUACGAUCCGGACACUGACGCAUGGUUUUACGUCAACAAGGUAACAAAAGAAACGACGUGGGAUAAACCGAUUCUCUUCGGACUCAGGGAGCCCCCCACAAACACGAGCGAUGCCGCUCUUCUCAACAAGGAGAGAGAGAUUGGAGAGCUGAAGAAGGAGCUGGAGAGACAAAAGCGAGAAGCAGAUGAGGCAAGGAAAGCGCUGGAGGAUAAGAUAGCCCAAGAGAUGGUGCUGAAAGGAGAGCUAGACGCCGACGAGGCAAAAGGGCGGAGCAGGCAUAUGGAUGAGUGGAACGUGGAAGAUGUGGUGGAAUGGUUUCAAAGCAUCGGUCACAACCAGUACGACAAAAGCAUUAGGGAACAUCAGGUCGACGGACUGCUCCUGCUUCACCUCAUGAACGAGGACUGGGGACACCUGGGUAUCCACAGCCCGCUUACCGUCCGCCGCAUAGAUGUAGCGAUGCAGGAGUACCGGAUACGCUUCGAACGGAAGCAGGCUGGGGACGUCGAUGACGAAGAGGAUGCGUCGGACGUGAGCGGCUCCGACACGCCCUCGGAACUCCUGGACGAUGACGACAUCUAUGACGACGACGACUCCGGACAGGAAAACGACGAAGAUGACGUGGCCGUAGAUGACCAAGACUAUCUUAACGAGGAUGAGCUCGCAGAGCUUCAACGAGACGAGGAGAACAUAAAAAAAGAGAUCAUAUUUGAGGGAGAGGAGAAACGCGGGCGGCCCGAUAUUGGCGACGUCGUGCGCAUUCACUACACUUGCGCGCUGCAGGAAAGCGGCGGUAGCGGCAGUGGCAGGAGCAGCCGAAGAAGCGGCGGCUCCCACGCAGUAAGUGGUUAUGGCAGCAGCGGAAACGACGGCGGUGGUGACGCCGGUGUUGUAGAGAGUUCCCGCAAGCACAGGCGACGGCCGCUCGAGUUUGUCGUCGGGGCGGGGCAGGUGGUAAAGGGAAUUGACCGCUCGAUCCGGCAGAUGCUGCAUGGGGAGCGGGCGAGGGUUUUCGUGACGGCCCUGUACGGCUACGGAGACAAGGGGCAUCCACCGACGAUCCCUCCACGGGCAGCCCUCGUGUUCGACGUGAACUUGUUGGACUUCUGGCCCCGGCCGAGGUGGCAGAAGCCGCUGGUGCAGGUGCUGUCCGAGCCGUACAAGGAAACGCCGUACGCGCCGCGCUUGCGCCCGCCGACAGGGGGGGAUGGUACUGCAGGUGCCGGAGGGGUGGGCACCGCACAUGGUAGCACCGGUGUCGAUGGUGGUCCCACCAAGCAACCUGUAGACUAUCCUUACGGCAAGGUUGGGAGAUACUAA